AUGCGAUUUGGCUGCGUAUUUGAGCGCGUGCAAAACGUUGGGUCCUCAGCCAACCAACGCACCAUCGCUCGGGUGCUUCGCCAUCAGCGACGAUUCGGCACUUUUUACGUAACAAUCUUUUCACUUUUCUAAUCUUUUUAUCGAGUUAUUCAACUUUUUCAAAACUAUAUUCAGUGGAGAGUUGUUUAAAUUAUUAAACGCGUUGUUAAAAAAAUUUUCUUAAAUUGUUAUUUGAGUCAAUUUCCGUCAUCAUUUGGACUUGUCGCUAUUUUUUUAAUUCUUUUGUUAUUUUAAUUUUCUGUGGCUUUUUCUUUCACGAAUUAUACGAAAAAAAUGGUAGCUAGAUCCUGUUUUAGUUCACGCCCAUUUCUAUGCAUUAAAUAAGUGAUGCAAGCUUUUUAUUUGCUGUUUUUCUGCUUAUCAGCUUUGUUCUUAUUAUUUUAAUAACAAAGUUAGUUCAAUAAGCCUUGCUGUGCUUCUUGAAGCAGCAAAAAUAAAUUUUGAAAUUUUUUCAAGGCAAAGAACUUUUUUCAAUGAUCUUUCCGGUCGCGUAAGGCUUGUACUUUUUUAAAAACUUCAUUUUUGUUCUUCAUUUUUCUUUAAAGUCUGACAAAACUCCAAUUUGAAGUUUUUUUUUAUUUUUCACCAGUUUGUCGUGGUUUUUCAAUCAAUUUUUUUUCCAGGAACAAUGUCUUUCCUUUGGGAUUGGUUCAAUAGCGUGCUCAACAUGUUGGGUAUAUUUUUCUGGUGAUUUCAAUGAUGUAUUCGUAAAUUUUAGGCUUGGCCAAUAAAAAAGGAAAGCUGGUGUUCCUCGGGCUUGACAAUGCCGGAAAAACGACGCUUUUGCACAUGUUGAAAGACGACCGGAUGGCGCAGCAUGUGCCAACCUUGCAUCCAAGUUUGUUUUUUAUAAUUUUUUUUUCAAAAUGAUAUCCACAAAAAAAUCGGGUUUCUUAAUGCGGAAAAAGGAAGCUUUUUUUUGCCUCUCUCAUGAUAUUAUGUGCCCAACUUUUGUGUAUCCGCCAACGUUAGGAACCGGUUCGAUUGGGGAUAUAUGCGCUCUUCUUGUUGAUCACUUUUUUUAUAUGGAAAAACUUUUUUUCGGCAGAUUAUGUAAGAGAACGAGUUUCACUGUUCAUGGUUUUUUUCCUUGGAAAAAUUGGCUGAGGAAAUUUAGAAUUUUUAGAUUUGAAAUUUAUUAUUUUUUUCGUUCAGUCUUUUUUUCGAACAAGGCGAAAAAUAAAAAUUUUUUUCCGAUUGCUUAUAUAAAACUAAAUUUUUUUAUAAUUUUUGUGGCAUUUCGUUUUUGAGAUCUAUUUCCAAACUUCAACUACCUACUGAGCUGUUCCAAAUGUUUCAAAUUCUAUAAUUAUAAUUAUGGUUCAAACCUUUUUUUAAAGACAUUUUUUUGAUGGUUUUAUAUGAUUUAAGAGAGUGUUUUUUUGAUGAAUAACGGAUAGUUCACUUCAAAAAAUAAAGGAAUCCGAUAGUUUUCACGAAUUUUCGCUUCAUUCGUACAGUAAAAAACUUUUUUAUAAGUUUUCAAAGUUUCUAGUUUGUCCCAUGUUCGAGGGGGUUACACAAAUUUCAAAAUAGUCGUCAGAAAGUCAAGAAGAUAAUUAAGUUUUGGAGAGUCCGAGAUAAUUUUAAAUUCCUCGAAAAUUACUUUGAACCCGGCAUUGAUUUCUUUACGUAUAAAAUAAAUUUAAAGCAAUUUCCGUCAAUUUUGAGCCUUUCAAGGUGCAAUUUAUGUAUUUUGAACUGGAUGCUAGAGAAAAUGAACUUCAAAUCAUGAUGGAGAAUCAGCUGAUCUGUUUGAUGGUGCGUUCCGAAAAGAACACGACGAUAACGGAGAGACCGGCCAGACAGUGUUGGACGCCUUGUGACGUCAUACACUUCGCCACUUUUUUCUCUCCUUUUCUCCAUCGUGACAUUGAAGAUUGUAUUGAACUUGAGAAAGUCAUAGUGCAGAUCAGGGACAUCAGAUUAUCCUUUUAGCGAGAAAAGUUGCAUUUUAAAGAAAAUAUUCGAGUCUUUGAAUCGUUAGGGAUAGUUACGGUUUUAAUGAACAUACAAAAAAGCGUAAGAAAAUUUUUUAUGCAAUAAAGAUUAGCCAUAGCGCGAAAAGUUGCAUUUUCUUAUGGAUUCCUAAGUGGUCCCUAUAUGAGUCGGGGGAAAUAACAGCCCUGAAGCUUAAGUGGUCCCUAUAGGGUCUUUAAAUUUCAUUUAAAACGCUUAUUCAUUCUGUUUAAAAAAAAUUUUAGACUAGCAUGUAGCCGCUAACUAAAACCUCUAUAGGGACCACUUUCGUGAGUUCUAGUCGACCCUAAAGGGACAACUCUGGAGAUCCUAGGUUUAGAACUGAAAAUCUCGAAAGUUUAGGGGGAGAGUUAACAUCAAAAAUUAAAUAAAAGAGAAAAAAUCAAUAUGAUCGAAAUGCGUUGAAGUAAACAUAUAAUAACUGCUAUCGGAAAUUUCAUUAAUUAUAAUAAAAAAAUUGGGUUUAUUGAAAAAUCUGCACGUUUUUCCUAGCCGAAGAUAGAACUACAAACCAUUUUUUUGAGAUAAGAAAUUUCGUCAUUUUUUUCUUUCCAUUCAAAAAGCCCCACCCUUAUUUUCUUGAAAAAAACUCAAAUUAUAAAAUUUUCAGCUUCGGAGCAGCUUUCACUGGGUGGCAUCCAGUUCACGACUUUUUGAUUUGGGCGGCCACGCACAAGGUUUUUAGAAAAAAAAUUGGAAAUAUUAUAAAAAAACAAUGAAUUUUCAGCACGCCGCGUGUGGAAAGAUUACUUCCCGGCAGUGGAUGCGAUCGUUUUUCUCGUCGAUUGUGCCGAUUUGGAGCGAAUCGCGGAAAGUCGCGCCGAACUCGAGUCUUUGCUCCAGGAUGAGCAGGUAAUAUCGAGAGAAAAUUAUUAAUUAAAUCGAAAAAUGAAGGUCGCCUCGGCGCCAGUUCUUAUUUUGGGCAACAAAAAUCGACAAGGCGAACGCGCUGGGCGAGGAUCAGCUGAAGUGGCAGCUCAACGUUCAGCAUUUGUGUACGGGAAAAAGGUGAAUAUUCAUUUAUUUUUUUUUUUCUCUCUCUUUUUGGGAGCCUUGGAGGUUAAAAACUUAGGAAAGUUGUAAAAAUUGGAAAAUAGGCGGGUUUUUCAAACUAAUACAUUUUUCUUUUGCCUGAGACCCUAUAAAGAAGAAUAAAUUUUGGGAAGCUGUAAAAAAAAAUUUGAAGAAUAGCUUUUUUCAAACUAAAACAUGUUUCCCUCAAUUGAGAUCCUUAAGGAGUAGAAAAACUUACGAAACUUGUAAAAUAAUUGAAGAUUAGCCGUUUUUUCACCCUUUGAGACCCUCCAGGAAAAGGGAAACGGUUAAAAUCGAAGAAUAGUCGUUUUUUUUCAAACUAAUCGAUACUUUUAAAGGGUUAUUGUUUCAUCUAACUUUUUCUAGAAAACUACCUGGAUUUUUUUUACGCUGCUUUUGCUUUUAGUUCAGAAUUCAAUCAAGUACUGAGCCUUGCGAAAAUCGAUGGAAAAAAAUCUUUGAGUAUUCAUGAUUUUUUUAAGAUUUUUUUAACGUGAUGAUGUCGAUCAAUUUUGGCGUUUUUAGAUGAUUUCAAAAGUUAUAGAGGCUCUUAUUCCUUUUCAGGCUAAAUCCAGCUUGAAAAUUUCAACCUUCUAACUCUCAAGAUUAAUCUUCGAAGCAUCAUCUAUAAUUUUUUUUUCAAACACUUUCAUUAGCGCAAAAAUGACGCAAUUUCCCUUCGAAUCUAAACUCUUCGGGAUAAAUAGAGAAAUAGAAGAACUCAGGCCUAAAGUAAUUUCUCUGACUUUCCAAAAGUUAGUCAUUUUAUUCACUCCCCUGGCUAUUUUUAAUUUUGCGUGAUUAUUCUGAACACGGCAUUAGGAUUUGCCUUUGAAGCGCCAUAACUCGACUAGAACCAAUAAUGCGCACUUUUUCCCAACCUCUGGAUUCAGGAGGUCUUAAAUUACCUCGGUACAAAUUUUCAUUCCAAUACCUCGACCUUUUGCAUUGCCCGUGUUAGAAACAAACUUUUGAAGCUCAUCUAGUCCCUAUGAACUAAUAAAUGACUUUAAGGCGAAGUUUCGCGCAACGAUUUGGCCUCGCGCCCAUUGGAAGUGUUCACGGUUUCGGUUUUGCGGCGUCAGGGCUACGGUGACGGAUUCCGUUGGCUUUCCCAGUACAUUUAA